CUCGUCCCCGCUAUAUUCUGCUGCAGCAGAAGGGAGGAUCAUGGCAUGUGCUGCUUCCAGUGUCAAAGGUUUGCUCAGGGUUGGAGGAGCCAAGGCAUUCGACCAGAAUUAUGUGCGUGAUUACUUCAAAUCUUCGGUGUCUUAUCCCGUCGCAGAUAUUUCUUCUCCCAUCAGAGUGCAGCAUGUAGCGAAUGGUUCGGGUCUCGUUGUUAGGGAUUCAAAGAGCAGGGACUUGAGCGUGAAACUCGCGUCCACAAACGGCAGCUUGAAGGUUUCUGAAGAGAGGGUAACAGUAUUGGUCAUUGGUGGAGGAGGAAGGGAGCAUGCUCUUUGUUAUGCCUUGGAGCGUUCUCCAUCAUGCGAUGCAGUUUUCUGUGCCCCUGGUAACUCUGGCAUUGCUCAGUCUGGAGAUGCCACAUGUAUACCGGACCUAGACAUAUCAAACAGCGACUCUGUCAUCUCAUUCUGUCGCAACUGGGGAGUUGGGUUGGUUGUAGUUGGACCUGAAGCACCUCUACUUGCUGGCCUUGCAAAUGAACUUGUCAAAGCUGGAAUUCCUACUUUUGGUCCUUCAUCAGAAGCCGCAGCAUUAGAAGGAUCAAAAGACUUCAUGAAGAAGUUGUGUGACAAGUACCAUAUUCCCACCGCUAAGUACCAAACUUUCACAGAUCCGUCAAGUGCUAAGCAAUAUGUUAAGGAGCAAGGAGCUCCUAUUGUUGUUAAAGCUGAUGGACUGGCAGCUGGGAAAGGUGUAGUUGUUGCUAUGACUUUGGACCAGGCAUUUGAAGCAAUAGACUCUAUGUUGGUUGAAGGUUCAUUAGGUUCUGCUGGGUCACGGGUAAUAAUUGAAGAAUAUUUAGAGGGGGAGGAGGUUUCUUUCUUUGCAUUAGUAGAUGGAGAAACUGCUCUGCCUCUUGAAUCAGCCCAGGACCAUAAAAGAGUUGGUGAUGGUGAUGUUGGUCCAAAUACAGGUGGAAUGGGUGCAUACUCCCCUGCACCAAUAGUGACUGAAAAACUCAAGUGCGAAGUGAUGGAGAGCAUCAUUCUCCCAACUGUUAAAGGUAUGGCGGCUGAAGGAUGCAAGUUCGUCGGCUUGUUGUAUGCUGGGCUUAUGAUUGAGAAGAAAUCUGGACUGCCAAAGCUUAUUGAGUACAAUGUACGAUUUGGUGAUCCAGAAUGUCAGGUUCUGAUGAUGCGGUUAGAGUCGGACUUGGCACAGGUGUUGCUUGCUGCAUGCAGGGGAGAACUGGGGUCAGUCUCCCUAACCUGGUCGCCUGAAUUGGCAGCGGUGGUUGUGAUGGCAAGUGAAGGUUACCCUGGGGCUUACAAGAAGGGGACAGUAAUAAAAAACAUUGAUGAAGCCGAGCAGGUCUCUCCUGCAGUUAAGAUAUUUCAUGCAGGAACUGCCUUAGAUAGGGAUGGAAACUUUGUUGCAGCAUCUGGCCGUGUUCUUGGUGUGACUGCAAAAGGUAAGGACAUUGAAGAAGCAAGGGCAAAAGCAUAUGAUGCACUCGACGUUGUCGACUGGCCAGAAGGGUUCUUCAGGCAUGACAUUGGUUGGAGGGCACAAAAGUAUCGUCGUAUGGUUGCACACUGAUCGGUGUACUGUAACUAUGUUAUGUUUGUGAUGCUAAUGGGAGAGUACAAAAGGGAAAUAGACAUAAUAUCUCAAGUCUUGGAUGCAUCAAUAUCGAAGUACUUGACAGCUUGUUGGUUCCUUGAUCGAGGAACACCUUUUAUGUUUGGUAAUAGCAGUGUUUAUAAUUUCACCUUAUGUAUUUAGUACCGGUGUUUGUUAAUAUAUUUUGGUGUUG